AUGACUUCACAUGUAUUCGGCAACAGUCCAUCGCCUGCUAUUGCAUCUUAUGGACUCCUUAAGACUGUCGAACACGCUGAUCAAGAUGUGAAAAACUUUGUACAGCAUAACUUCUACGUUGAUGACGGGUUAAUCUCUUUACCAAAUGAAUCAGAUGCUAUCAGCCUGAUGAAGCGUACUCAGUCAACCAUGAAACUGGAAGGUCAGAUUCGUCUUCACAAAAUCACGUCCAAUAAACAAGCUGUGAUGGACGCCUUUGAUGUCAGUGAUCAUGGAGAACAGCUGAAAGAAAUAGAUAGUGAUGACAUGAUACACAGAUCUCUUGGACUUUGUUGGAGACUGAAGGACGAUACUUUUGUGUUUACAGUACCUACUGAAGAGAACCCUUUUACUCGUCGCGGUCUGCUCUCAACUGUAAACAGCCUAUUCGACCCAUUAGGUUUCAUAUCACCAAUUAUCAUCAGCGGUAAAAUACUUCUCCGAGAAUGCACACCUGAAGGAGUUGACUGGGAUGAACCAUUACCUGUCAAUAAUCUUCAAAAGUGGAAGGAGUGGCAAUCGUCUCUUCACUGUCUCAGUGAUAUCGCCAUUCCCCGUAUGAUGUCUCACACUUCUGUUAGUUCAGCCCAGACAGCAGAAGUUCACAUAUUCUCAGAUGCUUCAGAAAAGGCAAUAGCAGCAUCAGCAUAUAUAAAAACUGUAAGUGAUGGACAAACAAGCGUUCGAUUCAUCAUGGGAAGAAGCAAGUUAGCACCUCUUAAUGGCCACACCAUUCCUCGCCUAGAAUUGUGUGGAGCUGUCUUAGCAACGGAACUCGCAGAGAUCAUAUCUGUACAACUUGGCAUCCCAUUGCAAACCAUGAGAUUUUACACAGAUAGCAGAGUUGUGUUAGGCUACAUUGGUAAUAGGACUCGAAGAUUUUACACCUAUGUAAGCAACCGAGUUGAUCGUAUUCUACGAAUAUCUAAUGCCAAUCAAUGGAACUUCAUUUCCAGUGAAAAGAAUCCUGCAGAUUCUUGUACAAGACGCAACACUAAUGUGAUCAACAUUAUGCGGUUACCAUGGAUUACUGGUCCACAAUGGUUGUGUGAUGUGACGGAAAUGAAACCUACACAGUUUCCACUUGUUGAACCUGAUAGUGACAGAGAAGUCCGUCCAAUCGAUAGACCAAUGAAAAUGGACUAA